CCUAUCUGUUGCUGUCAUAGAAUGGCUUGAGGAAAGGAUCUCAAAGAUCGCUUGUUUUCACCUCCCUGCUGUGGGCAGAGCUGCCACCCCUCGGGUUAGGCUGCCCAUGGCCUCAUCCAAGCUGCCCUUGGGCGCCUUUAGGGAUGGGGCAUUCUGUCAUAGACAUGCAUUUCAGUUUAUCUGUUGGGAUCCCAAGGGGUGCCAGCAUGUACAUAAUUUCAGUCUGGGCAGAUUUCCUGGAUUCCUUCUGCUUUGCAGCUGCCAGCUCACCAUGAGCAACUUGCUUAGUAGUCUGUGUCAUGGGUUUAUCAUGUGGCUUGCCUGUGCUUUUCGUACGGAAUUUUUGUAGUUUCUUCUUAGCCGUGUUUUGGAUGUAAAUCAAGGGAUCCUAUGAUUCAAUGACCUUGAUUUCACAGCGUUUUGGUAGGAAAUUGAGAGGAGUGAGUUUAGGGACAGAUCAAGUUAGAAGGAAGGCAGUAAUUCAUUCAGCAUAUAAGGUACAUUCUGUAUCCAAUAGACUGAGAGAAUAAGAUGGGGAGGGAACGCUUGUUCCUCCUGGCCUCUACUAAAAUAAGAAACUAUUUCUUUUAAAAAAAGAAAAAGAAAUAAACAAAAAUACUACUAAAAAGUUGCAUAGUAUCCUGCUGAAGGUAGGGGAAUGACCAUCAGGAUUUUUCAGCUCUGCCACCAACUCAUUUAGAUUGGUCACUUUCACUUUUUCAGAGAGCAUAGUGGCUUUACAGGAUCAUAUUUGUAAAGUGCCUUGAGAUUCUAAGCAUGCAAAGUGCUGCUGUCUGGGGCUGAGGCCCUUAUCCCCCAUGAAGUUCAAGUAUCAGGUUUUGCGUAAGGCUAAGAAAUAUAUCCAGGAGCUGGAGCAAACCUUGAGUUCUUUGCUGAAGAUGAAAGGACCAGUUGUCAGAUUAUUCUGCUUGAUUGGGACUGAGGAUGAGAUGGAAGCCAAAGGCCCCACCAGUGUGACAGUUGCCUUUCUGCCAACAACAGAGUCUUUCAGCCUGGAGGAUGGGAACCCGUCCAGCCUGGAGGAAGUCAGGGAAGAAUAUGUCAAGAGGCACUUCAGCAAUCACAGCACUGCGUCGGCCUCAGAAGCUGUGAGUGAGAGUGAUUCUGCCGUCUGGUAUUUGAUGCAAGAAUGUGAAAACCAAACAAUGGAAGAGGACGGAAAGCCAGGAUUUAUCCAGUACCCAGAGACUUCAUCCCCAGAUCUGGUGGAAUUUGAACGGUACCUGUAUUUUUAUAAGCACACAGUAGACCUACUGAGAGAGCAUGGAAUUGUUUCUGCUGAGGAGGUACCUCUCCCUGUGGUCUCCACGGCUAUUUCACACCUCUGGCAAGAGCUUUCUGAAGAAAGGAGAGACAGCAUCUUGCAGUACUGCAGCCAGAGAGAUUUCCACCUGGGUCCUACGGAUGCUUGCCAAGAGCCUGCAUGCGCUGAUGGCGAUGUGAGAGACAGUGGAGGUAACAGUGAGGAAGCCAGUGGCUCCUUGGUCUCCACGCCAGAGGAAGUAAUGUUUGAAGACGCGUUUGAUGUUGCUGCUGGUUUCCUUGAAACAAAUGAGACACAGGGAUUGUCCAGCCAGAGUUCUUCAUUUACAAGCGGCAUUUCUGAAAAUCCAGAGGAUGACCACAGACUUUAUCUGCAGAUCACUGACUUCCUAAAAAGCCUUUUCUUUGCUAAUACACACUUCUGCCAGGAAGAAGAUCUUCAGUUCGAUUAUGAGACUGUAAUGCUGAGGUGCACGGAGACCUUUGAUGACGAAGAUUUAUAAGUAGUAUCCCUGUAUGCCAAUGUUUUGCCAAGCAUCACUGGAUACAGCAGGCAUGUGAAGAGACUGUGCCUCUUCCAGAGGAACACCUCUCCAAUCAGAAUGGGGAGACAAUGUGUUGUGGUUUGUUAUUGUUGACUUCCCUUUCCUCAUCAGUGCUUCAUAACUUAGCAGUUGAGUAAUUUAUACUUUUAAAUGUUCCAGGUUUAAAAUAUUUAUAAAACCUAAAGGAAGAAAUAUUUUUCUCUCUGACUUUUUAAUGCUGAACCUCAUUUCACAAAUACACUGAAGCAAUUCAAUGACCUUGCCUAAUGUGAGCUGUGGAAGAGAUGCAGAGAGCACAUGGCAACCUACGCACUCCAGACUGCUACCUACAAAGCUCACAGCGUGCCUCCCAACAUCCUGGCAGUGAUUCCUUUCCUCUACAGUUCUUUAGCCAGGGCUGGAAACAACAGAGGAAUUUCUUCACAGAGAGUGACGUGAGGACAUUCCAUAUCUAUGAGGACAACUGUAGUGGCCACGCACUCCCGAAUCGCUCAGAGAGAUGCAGAUACAAUCACAAACUGUGGAUUAUUUUUGUAAAGUGUGUAAAGUUGAAAGAGAACCAAGCCCCCUGUGCUGUUCUGCUGCAUCUUGUUCUUUGAUGAGUAGUACUGCUCAGAUGGUGUCUUGAAAUUAAAAAUGCAUUGAAGUUAAAACAGAUCAUUGACAUCUGUGAGCUGUCAUUAGCGGCUUUCUGCAGACUCAGCCAGUGUUCUGGCAGUGGUUAUACUGAGGUCUCCUUCUUCCUACUUCCCCUCUCAAUUUAAAGUACCAUGCAUAUAUUGCUCUGGAGGGCCUGGGUUUUGGAACACGUGCUACUUGAAACGUGUACAGGUUUUUCAGGGGAUCUGAGGCCAAAUCAUUCUUUCCUAAAGGAAAGAAUACAAGAGACAAAUGUGAAAAUGAAAUUUGCAUGAGAUGUCCUGUGUGCCCUUUCUUACCAUUCUGUAGUUCUGUGGAAAAAUGUGUUAGUUU